AGAAUGCAGGUUCCAUGAGUCAAUUGUUGCCGGCGAUUAAGUAACAGGAGCCAAUUUAAUGCAUUCCGGCUCCGCCCUCUUUUCUAAGGCCCGCCCAUACCUUUGCCCAAACUGUUUAUAAACGUUUCUGCAGCUCCUUCGUCUCACAUUUCGUUUUUGAAUCAGAUCUGCCCACCGAGAGGACAAGAAUCAAGAAGACAGCAAUAUGUCUCAGGUAGAACUCCAGGUACCUCAGACUCUUGAAGCCCUGAUCAAACAACUCCAUAUUAUAUUCUCCAGCGAUAAAAUCAAUGUGGAGGAGGUGAAGACGCUGAUGGAAUCUUAUAAAAGUAACCCCGCAGACUGGUCCAAAUACGCAAAAUUCGACAAACACAGAUAUACUCGCAACCUGGUGGAUGAAGGCAAUGGAAAGUUUAACCUGUUGAUCCUAUGCUGGGGAGAAGGCCAUGGCAGCAGUGUCCAUGACCACUCCAAUGCACAUUGCUUCCUGAAGCUACUUAAAGGAGAGCUGAAAGAAACACAGUUUAAUUUCCCAGAUGCUAAUCAAGAGAACCAAGAGCUGACCAAGAAAUGGUCGAAAACCUUUCAUGAAAAUCAGUGUACCUACAUCAGUGACAAGAUUGGACUGCACCGUGUGGAGAAUGAGAGUCACACAGAGGGUGCUAUCAGUCUUCACCUGUACAGUCCACCAUUUGACAGCUGCCAUUGUUUUGAUGAAAAAACAGGCCACAAGCAAAAGGUCAAAAUGACUUUCUGGAGCCGAUAUGGUGAAAUAAUUCCUUCGGAAACUGCAGAAUCGAAGGAAAACAACUAAGAAAAUGGACUGAGAUAAACUGUGGCAUAAAGGAUCAUCACUGGUGCUUAUGGCUGAAGUCAGAGUGAUUUUGUGAUUUUGUUUGCUCCACAUAGACUUACCUUCUUUAAAUGAAUGACAGAACCCUAUUUUUCAAUGAUCUGUAUAUACAUCAGUUUCAAAUAGCUCUUGCAUUAUCACUUCAAAUAACUUUUUUUAGCUUUAGAUCUUUUAAUUUUACCUAAAAGGUAUCUUUCCAGUUGUGUUCAUCACUGGAGUAUUCACAACUAGCUGACGGAGCCACUUUGUAAGUGGAAAGUUAAAGCUUUGAAAUGUUAAUGCAGAUGUCUUUUAUUUUCCACUACUUGCCUGGUGCAAGUAACUAGACAGGCAAGAUUCUCUCUACUAUCAUAUGGACUGCAACCCACCAUCCAUCAAUAACUGUUUCUGCUUUCAGACAUGAUCUGAAAUAUUAACAAAUAUUCAGUAAUAUUUACAAAUUAACACAUUUUUGUUAAUGCAUCCACUGUGAGAAAUAAGUGACUUACAUCUCAUAACAACAUACAGUUAUAGAGCUGUGCACCAUAGAAAUUGGCCUUUCAACUGCUGAAUGAGAAAUGGAAACAGAUCUUCAGCCAAUUCAGAUUUUCUGCCAGUUUAUCAAUGUUAGGAACAUACAAGUUAUUUUUAAGAUUUUUCAGAGAUUUUUUUUAGAUGCUAUGCUCACCUUUUUUACCAAAAUUCUUUCUUGCACCAAUCUGAAUGUUGUCAGUUGCAGUAACAUACUAUGUUACCAAAGUAUUAUUUCAGCCUGGCUAAUAACCAUUAAAAUGAACAGGCUAACACCCAAUAAAAAGUAUGGACAACUGUGUGCUAUUUACUCGCUAAUAAUCAAACAGCAAUUUCUAAAUUGAUCUGACAAGCCAUCAUAAAAACCUUUCAAAACUCACCAUUCCUUUUAUUGUGAUAUUUACUAAAAGUGAAAAAUAAA